GUAUUUCAUUUUUUAUGGUUUUUAGAGCUUUCCGAAGAGUUGCAGCAGCUUCAGGAAAUGGCAAGAAAGUUCAGUCAUGAGGAAAUUGUUCCUGUUGCUGCUGAAUAUGACAAGACUGGUGAGGUAAAAAGAGAAUUUAUUUACUUUACAUUGUACAUUGUACGUGUAGUAUGUCUUCUUCUUCCUUCUUUCCUUUUUUGUUAAACAAAAGUGUUUGUUUUUCAGUAUCCCUGGGAAAUCAUCAAGAAGGCACAUUCUCUCGGACUAUUGAAUGGCCAUAUCCCAGAGAGUUGUGGUAAGUAACCUCUGAUUUAAAAUAUCCGUUUAACUUCACUGUUUGUUUAUUGUGUUGUUUGUACUUUAAGAACUCCAAUCAUUAUUGAGAAACAAUGAAGGGUUAAAGGGACUUGAUCCUGUACACAAGUGAAGAGAAUCUGGUAUUGCAAUGAUUAUUUGUACAUGUAUGCAGGAAUUUUUGCACCAUGUUUUUAAGUAAUGCUUACAAUAUGUUUUCAGGUGGAACAGGUCUGGGGGUACUUGAUGGAUGUGUGGCAACAGAAGAGUUGGCUUAUGGUUGCACUGGAAUUCAAACUGCAAUUGAAGCUAAUUCUUUGGCAGUAAGUUGUUAUUGUAUUCAUGUGAUGAUUUUAAAAAAAUGGUUUUAGCAUAGGAAAAUUUCUGAAGCUGUUUUACAUGAUUUUCCAUAGCAUAAUCCUUUUUUCAUCCACAGAAUCAAAAAAAGUUACACUAACAUUACAGUUCUGUUCCCAGCAUGAUGUUUAUUCUUGUAUUGAAAGGAUCAAAGAGUAGGGAGAUAGCAGUGAUGCUUCCAUACCAUGUACUCUUCUGGUCCACUGAGCUAUUUAACACUGUGACCCACUUAAGAUUUCUUUUGAAGAACGUGACAUUUAUUGGGUGUUGAGGGCUAACACCAGAAUUUACUAUCUACUCAUCCUUAAUUUUGGUGUUAUAAGGAAAUGCCUGUUAUAUUAGCUGGUAACAAAGAACAACAGAAGAAAUAUCUUGGGCGCAUGGUGGAGGAACCUCUGAUGGCGGUAUGUACAUUGUAUCACAUGUAUAGUGGAACUUUGAUAUAGCGAAGGGCUAAGAAACAGGCAAAAUUAUAAGCUAUAGAAAGGCUUUGUUAGAAUUAUUGAGGUUGGGCAAAGAAUGUCAUUUGUUAUAACAAAGACUAUGUUAUUAUAGAGGUUUCUUAUAUCAAGGUUCUACUAUAUGUUUGUCUUAAAGAUGCAGCUACAAUUAUGACUGUAUUGUUUACUGGAAUCUAGUGAUGUUGCAACUAUUUAAGGUGGCUGAAUUCAGUGUUGCGGGCGGUCAGUGGUAACUUGCAUGCUGGCGCAUGGUUUAAAUUAGACAAACAAAUAUGGCGGUGAAAAAAGCAAUGGUACACAGAAGAUGAUUUCUCAAUAUUCACUUCUAUCAUCUUUCAGUCAUAUAACAGGCCAUCUGAUAGGGUGCGAUAAAAAAUCAGAAAUUGUGCGAUGUUUUGCGCGAAGAUUGUACGAUAAGAUAGGACUAUUAUGCGAUAAAUUAUGCGAUUUUUUCAGGGCUAAUUUACAUUGUUUUACCAGGUUUCAAAGGAGAAAAAACACUUUAAUGUUGUUUAACGGGCAAUUUGAAUAAUAAAAGGAAUAAUAAAACAUCUGGUUAAAACAAAAUAGUUAAAUUUGUCCGAUUAUUUUGACCCGCAAAAGAAAAAGGGCACUUGCUUAAUAUUACAUGACGCCCUUACACUGCUGACCACACUGCUUGUCUCUGAAAUCAAGAUGGCGGCCCAGAUAUCGCGAUCAAAAGUUUCAGAUGUCUUGCAAGGCCUUCUUUAGUGGUAAAUCACCUUAAAAAUAACAUUAAGAUGAGGAAAAUGUUUAAUUAAAGUUAGAAUUCAUUGUUUUCUUUACUUGAAUUUAGCAUUUUUUUACGAAUUAUGCAAUUUUCCUCAAAUUGUGUGAUCGGAUGGGAUUUGAGGUCAAUUGUGCGAAAUUGCACCAUUGUGUAAUAUCAGAUGGCCUGAUAUAAAUAUUGGUUAUUUACAUAUAUACUCUGUAGGCAUAUUGUGUGACUGAACCAAGUGCAGGAUCUGAUGUGGCAGGAAUUAAAACCAGAGCUGAAAAGAAAGGAGAUGAGGUAAAUGCUGCAGAUCUAUAAUAAUAAUAAUAAUUUUUUUACUUUCCAAAUUCUGGCUUUUCAAAGUAAUUACAAUAUUCAAUAAAAUGUGUAAAACUGUAAAACAAUAAGAAAUGAUUAAAAUCAUAUGUAUUUAACAAGAUUUAACGAGAUAUUUACAAUAUAUUUACAACAAAUCAGUGUGUUUGUCAAGUGCCUACUGGUUCAGUUUUAUGACCGGUGUAGGCAACUACAGUCAACUCUCGUCUUGUGGACACCCCGCUAUAAGGGACACCCUGAUAAUAAUGGACAGCAGCUAAAUCCCAGGAAAAAAUGCGUUCGACUGAAAUAAACUCCCGCUAUUACGGACUCUCGCUCAUGAGGACACUGACUCAAGGUCCCUACCCCAGGGGUCCCAAUCAGAUAUUUUAAUGAUGGGGGGGGUCCGACAGAGGUUCAUAUUUUAUACCCAAAAAAAUCCCAACUUCAGAAUUUGUCUACCCAAAAAAAUCCCUCAGUGUUUUUGCAUCAGCAAAUUUUAUUAUUUAUCUUCUGGAAAGCUAAAACAUGCCAACUUCAACUUUGGUUUUGGUCAAAAACAACACUAUAACUUGCGCUUAUGUUAUUUUUGAUUUGAGCUGGUGAAAAAUACAAUACCAAAAAAAAUCCCUCUGUUGUUUUCGCAACCCCCAAAAAAUCCCGGCGUCUUUCAUAGACCCAAAAAAAUCCCUUUUGGCCAAAAUGUCAGACCCAAAAAAAUCCUUCGUCAUUAAAAUAUGUGAGUGGGGCCCCUGGGGUCCCUACAGUCUCUGCUAUAAAAGGAGUUAACUGUAGUUGGUCGUUAUAGAAUUAGUGUGAUAAAUAAAUUAGAAACUAUGUCAGUGUAUCAACUAACCAUGUGUACUGUAUGUUCAACUUAAGCUGGAAAACAUACUGAUGUGAAGCAUUGCUGUCACAGUAAAAGGCGGCAGAGUCUAUGUAUUAAAUCCAAUUUUGCUGUGCAAAUUCUAGCAUAAUUAUCUUAUCAACUAAGAUGCAUACAUUGUAUAAUUGCCAAGGAGCAGCCUCACGAAGACGCUAGGCUGCGAGGCGGCAGUCUAAUAAAGCUGAAAGUUCCAAGGCAGAAUGAAUCUCGAAUCUCCUUGCGAUGUAACAUAGAUAGUGUAAGAUUACUUUUCUGACGUUUAAAAAAGCUUCUUCUGCGUACCAUAAAUCUUUUUUUUUUCUUGAAAAGUAGACUUCCUAAGCUUUAAAAAGAGACCAAAAAUUAAUAUAAAUCUGUACAUUGAAUAUUCGCGGACUUUAAUUUGAGUUUUCGAGGAUUCUAAGUUCGCUUAUAAGACCACUAAAUUUUACGCAGAAUGACCUGUGCGCAACUUUGGACAAAAACACGAUCUUCAAUAUCUGGAAAAAUAUGCUUUGUUAAGUUGGGAUUCAAAUUCUUUAUGCGGUAGAACAGUUUAUUUCACUAUUUUCAAGGUAAUUUUCGCUUAUGCAGUCGAAGUGAGUUCAAACUAUUUUUCGUUAAUUAUGGUAAUUCAUGACAUUUCUAAACAAAUUGAACAGCGCGUGUAUUGGUAAAAUCUGUGCUCAUUGGCACCUAGCGAUAGCUAUGACUAGUACUAAUAAUAUAUCGUUGUCACUGUGUUGUAGAGUUGUUAAAAAUUGUGAGGAUGAGACAUAAAUGAUCCUGAAGAUCUUUUGUUGUAAUUUCUAGUAUGUCAUCAAUGGACAGAAGAUGUGGAUAACGAAUGGAGGUGUUGCUAACUGGUGAGAAUAAUUACAUAGUCAGCUAUUCUCCAUUUCUGUGUUUUCCUCUAUCUUCACUGCCAGAAAAGUCAUGAAAAAAGUUUCUUACCUUGCAUUUCUGUGAAACGUUUGAACCCGGAGUCAUUUCAUAAGUAGGUUGACCAAGUUGACUGAGGGCCUGUUUACAUGGAGGUGGGGGACCCCAGGCAGGUGAGGUAACCCGCUUAGGUGGGGUAACCCGCCCGUCCAUAUAAGAGAGAAAAGAAGAUCAUUAGUUGUUUAGGUUAACAUUGAUUAUAGUUCCACUAGUGUGCAAUUUGUGUUAUGAUUUUAAAUUAUUUGGAUCAAGUCGAUAUACAUAGGACUGUAUAAGACUCCAAAUAAAACAUUGUCUUGUCUUGUCUUGUCUUGUCUAUAAUCUCUCAUUUUAAUUUGAUCACGUUUACAUGAUAGAUGGGGUGACCCGCCAAGGCGGGUAGCCCAGUCUGCCAGACCGGGUAACCCUCUCAGCCGGGGUCCAUGCAGGGUUGUCAAAUUUCAAGUUGCCAUGUAAACAACAAGUUUCAAACGACUGGGGUUCUAUUUCUCUUCUAUUUUCAUCAAAUUCGCACAAAAUUCACUUUGGGGAAAAUCCCGUGGCUUUGCAUUAUUAUUUCAAAGGUUCGUAACAAUCAAAUUCGCACAAAAUUCACUUUGGCUGUGGCUUUGCAUUAUUAUUAAAGGUAACAAUAGAAAGCCACAGCACUGAAGGUUGCAGCAAGAGCAGCAAGUGAGUGUAGAAGAGUAUUAGUCGCCAAAACAUGUGGUUUUCUAGCAUAUUUCUUGUUUACGUGCUUAGCGACCAUUUAAUAAUCUUGAGAAAGUGCACACCGGGAUGACGUGGUUGUAAGAUUACAUGUAAAGGAGGGUUUAUUUUUUACCCUACCUAAGUGGGUUACCUCACCUACCUGGGGUCCCUCACUUCCAUGUAAACAGGCCCUUAAUUGACCAAUCAGAUCAAUAACAAGAGUUUAAUACCAUCAACUGACGUGAUACAAGUCACACUGACUCUGAAGACGACUACCGCACAGGUUGUCGAAAUUUCAGUCACUGUCAACAACAACUGUCCAAUUCAGGACUUCGUUCACCCGGACGAUCAUACUCAACCUAUUUAUACCUUGUAUAUGUUGUUUAGGUAUUUUGUCCUGGCACGAACUGAUCCUGACCCUAAAGCACCAGCGGGUAAAGCCUUCACUGGCUUCAUAGUAGAUGCUGACGCACCAGGAGUUACAAAAGGGAGAAAGGUGUGUUUUCCUAGAUCAUUUCUGAUUGUGAAUGGAAGUCUGUAUUGAAUUGUCCAUGAACGCAUACAGCACCUUGCUUAUUACAUCUUGGUAAUUUAUUACAGGAAAUGAAUAUGGGUCAGAGAGCUUCCGACACGCGCGGCGUGACCUUUGAGGAUGUUGUUGUACCCAAAGAGGUUAGAUGUGAUUUUUAACCAUUAUGCAGAGGAGGGGACUUAGUUAAGGCAACAACACAGACUUGAAAGGUAGCAAAGAACGAGCAACUCUACCCAAGAGGAAAUGCAAUUUCACUCCCAAUUCAACUUGCUCUUUUAGUAAAUUAAAAAUCCUUUGUUAGUAAAUUUUUAGUACAUCUGUAUAAUGCUUUCAAAUCGCUGGAAAACAGCGCAAUAUAAUUGCAUUGUAAUUAUUGUGAAUAUUCUUGCAUGUUUGGUCAAUCGUUACACAGUGAGACACCCCUGGCACCCAAAAUUGGGUUUGGUCUUACAUUGUUGUAGGUACAUGUAGAGCUGACCGUUUUCGAAAGAGGCAUUUGCAAGGGAACUUGAACUUUCUAAAUUUUGAAGUACAAAAGUAACGUUCACAGAUGAAAACCUUGGUUGUUAAUUUUGGUAUCAUAGUAACUCUAGGAUUCUUUAGAACGAAGAUGUGUUAUUUUUAUUUCGUGCUUGAUUAGAACUUUCAAGCAGUCUCAGAUCAACUACAACAAAAUACUUCUUGACUAAUCACUAACUGAUCUCUUUACAAGAACGUCCUAAAGUUCAGUAACUUUCUUGUUGUGACUUUGUUUCCAUUGUUAGAACGUCCUAGGUAAAGAAGGAAUUGGUUUCAAAAUUGCAAUGGGAGCAUUUGACAAGACACGACCUCCGGUAAGGAAAAUUUUGGUCUUUUUUCAGUUAAAUAUGUGUAUCCAUUAAAAAGUUUUGUAUUUCCUGGGAUUGUACCAGAUUUUCUUGUAAUUUUAGUAUGUCCUCGGAGUGAAGGGAGUUGUAAUUAAAAUGUUUUAAUAGGUAACCUUUUUAAUUCAUAAUUUAUGUAAAUAAAAUGUGGGCAGUAACCGAACUGUACUUGGUCUCUACCAAAUAGGUUGCCGCAAGCGCCGUUGGUCUCGCUCGGAGAGCAUUAGAAGAGGCGACCAAGUACUCGAUGGAACGAAAAACCAUGGGAAAACCCAUAUUCCAGGUAAAGUGCCAUGUCAAGUGUUUAACAAGUGAACGUCCAUUGUUUUCUGAAUGAAACUCAUGCUAUUCUAGAAUUUGAACGAGUCCUGACUACAUGAAAUUUGCGCCACGGAAAUCCCGUUAUUAAAUUUAGGUGUUCAGCCUAACAGUUUUUCAACCAACGCAAUUUGUUUGUCAAUCUCUGAUUUUGUCAUUUCCAUGAAAUUUUUAAGGGCGAGUAAUUGGCAAAAUUAAACAAAGUGAACUGGAAUGCGGUGACUCAGUCCCUUUAACCAACACAACAAUUGAAAUUUUAUAACGCUUUAAGCCCCGCUAUCCAUAUACAUAUUCGGUCUCUAGACUGAUCUCAUAGCUUUCCUUAUCGAAUAUGUUAAGAAAAUUUUGAUUAAAGAUCAAAGCCUUGUUCCUUAGGCAAUCAUUUUAGUAAUUCUUUAAACCUUUCAUCUUGACUUUGUAUUGACUCUUGGGAAAUAUUGAAUAAGAGACGCCUAUUAAUGCAGUUUAUUUUCUAAAUUCUCUUUUCAGCACCAGGCUGUAAGCUUUAUGUUGGCUGAUAUGGCCAUUGGCGUGGAGACGGCGCGCCUAGCCACGUACCUCGCGGCUUGGGAGGUCGACCAAGUGAGUUCAAUCUUAUGUACAGCUUGUGCUGUAAUGUUCAACCCCUCCUUUUUUUCCCAAAGAUUGCCAAAAUAAAGAACUAUCUACCUUGAUAAACAAGAUAACCUCUGGGCGUGUGAUUCUCUAAUGUCGUUAUUUCUCUACCAAACUAGCCUGUGUAUAACCGCCCCUCCCCACCAAAAAGGGACGGCUCAACACAGGCCAUACCAAAGCGAAAAUCAUUCUCGUGCGCGAAGUUGUGAUCCGCUUGGCCAGUGCGACGGAUCGAGAGCUCUGGUUGGGGCUGCAGCAGGAAUUCCUCAAAACACAGUCUUCUGGCUUUCUGUACAUCCUCAGAAUUUUGAAAAAACAACAGUUACCAACGGUUACAAAAAUGCGAAACUACUGUGCUUGCACGUUUAUCCUGGUCCCAGCCAGAGCUAACGAUCCGUGUUGCUGACACAAGAAUGGCAGCUCUCGGCACGAAAAUGAGUGAAAAUCCAUUGAGCUCUAACGUGCUUGUGUAUUUUUAGGGUCGCCGCAACACUUAUUACGCCUCUAUAGCUAAAUGUCUGGCUGGAGAUGUCGCCAACAAGUGUGCGACUGAUGCUGUGCAGGUGGGUAGCCAACCUUUUAUAUUUUAUAAGUAGAAAAGUAAGCAGAGCAAAAUCCCCUCGUGGUUUCUUUCCUCUUCCAAGCUUCUGCCUCAGCUGAGACAUUUUUCUGUAUUCCUUUGGUUUCCAGAUUUUUGGCGGAAAUGGAUUUAACACGGACUACCCAGUUGAAAAACUGAUGAGGGAUGCUAAAAUCUUCCAGGUGAGCCGACCAACUGCUGAGUGUUGCCGCUUGUAG